AUGAAAUGCCUGAAAACCCCAUGUCGUCACAGUCCGUUUGCUUUCCUCCCCUUCAGUUAUUCAAUCGUGCUUUUCCUCCCUUGUUUAUCUCACUUAACCCCCUCCAGUCCAGAGAAUGCCUUCGCUUCCCAUGACGUCACAGUGUGUUUGUUUUUCCCCUUCAGUUAUUCAAUCCGUGCUUUUCCCUCCUUUUUGUUAUCUCAUGUAACGCCCUCCAGUCCAGAGUUAUUCAAUCCGUGCUUUUCCUCCCUUGUUAUCUCAUGUAACGCUCCUCCAGUCCAGAGGUGUUGUUCUCGUCCAAUGAAAUGCCUUAAACACCAUAUGACGUCACAGUGUGUUUGCUUUCCUCCCCUUCAGUUAUUCAAUCCGUACUUUUUCCUCCUUGUUGUCAUAACCCCCUCCAGUCAGGGAUCGUGUCUAUUCUCGUCCCCUUUCAGUUAUUCAAAUCCCUUAUCUCAUUUAUUCAAUCGUACUUUUCCUCCUUGUUAUCCUCAUGUAACCCCCUCCAAUGAAAUGGUCCAGUUUGGAUCCGUGCUUCCUCCCUUGUUGUCUAUUCUCGUCCAAGGUGAAAUGUCCUUAAACACCCAUGACGUCACAGUCCGUUUGCUUUCCUCCCCUUCAGUUAUUCAAUCCCGUGCUUUUCCUCCCUUGUUAUCUCAUGUGAAUAUUCUCGUCCCUUAA